UACAACUCGAUACAGCUUGUUAGCUGAACUCAUCGGUAUACUUACGGUUUUUUUUUUUUUCACAUUCUCUCGUAUACGUAGUACUAGUAUAUUUUAUUGUCUAGAUUCUAGUCAAAAGAGGCAAUAUCAUCAUAGCAUAGGUAGAAUUUCGUAUAGCUAAUUAACUUCAAUGACGAAGUUGAAAAAUCAUUCUAUACAUACACAAGAAUUCAAUUCCUAACAAGAAUCUUCCUCCAUCAUCCAUCUACAAGCAGGGGCGGAUGUAGUAAGGCUGGAGGGGGGGCAGCUGCCCCCAAUAAAGGCCCACUAACCCCUUCUAAUUUUUUAGUAAAUAUUAAAAGCCCAACUAUUUGCCCCCAAUUAAAAAAAUGACUUGCCCCCAAUAACCCAAGAUCUUCCAGCCCACCCCACUGAUGAAAAGAGAACAACGGAAGAAGUAAACGUGCCGCCAAACUCUCUUGUGUGCAGAAGGCUAGACGAUUGGGAAAAAUCGGCCAUUCAGCGAGUCAACGACUGAGCAUCUGAGCCUGAUUCCAACUCUUCAUUCUCCAUUUCUCCGACCUGGCGACCUCCGUUGCUCCGUGAGUUCGUUCUCUAUUUCUCCAAGCGGAAAGAGUAAAGAGCAGAAGAGACACAAUGAAGAGAUAUUGGGCUACCGUUCCUUCACCGGGUAGUUCAAAUAAUAAUGCUUCAAAUAUUGUAUCUCAAAGUUCUUCAUCAAUACCUAAACAAGUUGAUCUGGAUGAGCUUCCCUCAGAUCCCGCAAAAAGAAGGAAAAUUUCAGAGUACCAUCCUAAUCAAAGAGAUGAAAUCAGGAGAAAAUAUUUGAUUAAAGGACCUUGUCAACCACGUGGUCAUGAUUUCCCACAAAAAGAGAUUGGGAAGACUUUAAGACGCUUUAACUCUAAAUGGUUUGAUCAAUAUCCUAAUUGGUUAGAAUAUAGUAUACAAGAUGACACAGCCUUUUGUUUGCCUUGUUACUUGUUUAAAGAUCACUUUGAGAAUCGUGCUGGGAAUGAUGCAUUUGUAACCGAAGGAUUCUCAAGUUGGAAGGUCUUGGAAUUUUGUGAGAAGCAUGAAAUUUCUAUGCUUAAUAUGGAUGAGGACUUUGUUAACCCAAGGAGGCCACGUCAAAGAACUAAUAUCACUAACCGGCAUCAUUAUGAGUAUGAAUGUUUUAAUAGCAUAAUGGAUUUGCAAAUUAAUGAAUUUGAUGACCGCUUCAAUGAGGUAAAUUCUGAACUACUUCUUUGCAUGGCUUCUUUGAGUCCGAUUGAUUCCUUUCGUGAGUUUGAUGCUUCAAAGUUGUUGAGAUUGGCUGAAUUUUAUCCAAGUGACUUCAGUUGUGUGGAACACAGAAUUCUUGAGCAUCAAGUCAGUAUUUAUAUUGACAAUGUGUUAGCAGAUGAAAGGUUUGCUAGAUUGAAAAGUCUUAGUGAUCUUGCUCGAGUGAUGGUGGAUACAAGGAAACAUCUUUCACAUCCUUUGGUGUAUAAGCUUUUAAAGCUAGCAUUGACUUUGCCAGUUGCCACAGCAACCGUAGAGAGAUGUUUUUCCGCUAUGAAAAUAGUGAAGACUAACUUGCGUAAUAGAAUUGGCGAUAAGUAUUUGAGUGAUUGUCUUAUUUGUUUUAUUGAAAGAGAUGUGUUUGAAACUGUUACAAAUGAAACUGUAAUGGAUCUCUUCCAAAAGAUGAAAACUCGACGCGAACAAUUGUGAUGUAUUUGGUAAGACUUUAAUUAUUGUAACAUUAC